AUGAGAAAUGGUUUAGUUUCCGUUCGUCAUUCGUGUCAUUUCUAUUUUUAAUUUCGGGCAGAAUUUAACAAUUUCGUGGCAUUGUGAACAAUGUCGUGAUGAUAACGCACACUCUCUUGCACGAUCAAAUUUGAUAAGUUUUGAUAUAUGCAGUUCGUCUUGGCCGGGGAGAUUUUUGAAAAAACGUAGAGAAGUGUGUCUACAUUUUCAAUUUUGUUUGUGUCACUGCAUGCACUGACAUUGCAAAAACACAAAAAGUAGACAUUCUAGUCAGUGAGGCCUCCAGAGGUCGUCUUCCAUGAAGAAUGUACACAAGCCACAGCUAUCCAUACCAGCUUAACGGCAACAACCAGCAACAACAACAACAACCACGCCCACACCCACCCUACCCACCACCACGGCAGCAGUUUCCAAAUCCCUACGCCCAACAGCAACAACCCCAACCCCCGCAGUACCAACCCCCAUCCACCCAGCCCCAGCCGCUUUUCCCGACUCAUCCUAAGAAAGCUCCGCAACCGCCUACUCAACAGCCCCCACAACAGCCCCAACCACUACCCUCUCAACCACCCCAGUACUCAGCCUUCACUCCGGGCACUCAGCCCUACACUCCGCCAGGCACUCAGCCCUACACCCCGCCAGGCACCCAGCCUGUGCCCAUGCCACGGUUGCAUGUACCACAGCCAGACCCAACACCGCAGACACAGAUGCCGGAUCAGGAGAUGGGAGACCCGAGGUUUGUGGAGCUGAUGAGCUUCAGCACGGAAGAUUUGACAGGGUUCCUUGAAGAUGAUGACAAAGUCAAUGAGAUGGUUCAGAACCUGGAGGAGGUGAAACAAAAGAAACUUGAUAAGGAGAUGUCGAUUGCUGAGAACAAAAGCCUGGCAGACUUUAACCUCUCGAGGGAGCCCCGCCUCACCGAAAGCCGGUCUCAGUAUAUCAUACGUCUACAGGAAGCGCAGAAAUGCAGGGAGUCACACAUGCUCGGCAAGGCAAAAUUAGAAUCAGUAAAAGAUCAGACGUCUUUGGACACUGCGCUAGCCUUGCUUCAAGCUGCCACUGCACGUGCAGAAGAGGAUUCAGAAGAAGUUGCAGAUGAAUUCCUGAAGGGGGACAUCACUGUGGACGACUUCCUUGAGAAGUUUAUGCCAAAGAGACAAACAGCUCACUUAAGACACAUCAAGUCAGAAAAGAUGCAGGAGAUAUUGACUAAGAGACAGCAGCAGCAAUCAGCUCCUCAAAGUGGAGCCACGCCAAAUUCAGCAAUGCCCCCAUACCCAGCCUCACAUCACCAGCAAUAUGCACCCCAAGGUAACCAGCCUUACGCACCCCAAGGUACCCAGCCGUACGGGUACCAUCCCCAGAGAUCAGCACCGAGGGCGCCGGUACCAUACCCAUAUGGGGGACCUCAGUAUGGACCAGGGGCACAAAGGAUGCCAACAUUAGGACCAUACCAACAGUAAAGCUCUCCUUGAACCAUGGGGUAAAACUGGGUACUAUUUUAAGAGGAGAACCCGUGAAAGGCCAUCUGGGUACUUUUGAGGGCCCUUUGGUAGACUCUAUGUGCUAAAUGGCUAUCGCCUCGACAUGUAUUAUAUGUCAACUGGGUACAUGCUGUGCUCACCUUGCAACCCAUAUUGGGUACCAUGAGAACGCCAUCUGGGUGCCAACUGGGUACCCUUUAUGGUGUCAACUAGCUGCAUUUCAAAUGUUGUAUGUUGUUUUCGGGUGUCUUGCUCUGGGUGCCGAUUGGGUGCCCUAUGCACCAACUGUCUGUCAUGGAGAUCUAGAAAUGGGUACCAUGUGGGUUACCAAUGGGUACAUGUACUGUCAGUGCUGUAUCUUUACUACAUUCAGUCGUCCAGAAUGUCAUCUGGGUACCCGCUUUGGGUGCCACACGGUCGUUUUGUUGGGGCUUUAAAGCACCCAUGAGAGAGUAAAGCCAAAGAUAAUGAAGAGGUUUCUUAAGUCUAUGGCAAAAUGAUUCAAAUUAAUGGGUUUUGUAAAGUGGCAUUGAAGAAAAAAACUAACAGAGAAAGUUCAAGUUGAAUCACAACUCCGCUGACAAAUUCAACUGUAUAACCAAAGACCAGGGAUAAAUCUUGUUAGAAAUAUGGCUGAAUGAAAAUUUUUUGUAAAAUUCCUUCCUGCAAAAAAUAUUUGUAAUAUUACUGGCGUCUUCUUCUUGUCUUGCACUGUGGAAUCUGAAACUACAUGUCAAGAUAAUACAUUUCAGGUUAUAGUAAGGUUUGCGGUAACACCAUGUAAUGAUAAUCUCAAAUUAAGUUGGGCUGGUUCUGAAAAGAACCGUUGGUUUCAACUCAACGUUUCAUGUUAUAAAAGAAGUUUGGUAUCGGAUUAUAUCUGUUGUUUUCUCCCUGCAAUGUACCUCUUUGUUAAACAAACUGUGCAAAGGCAUGUUUUCCAGUCUGAAUGUAAACGCUUGUUUUUUAACAAAUAUUUUGGAUAGAAAGUUGUAAAUUUUUAAUUGCUGCUAGCUCCUCAAUUAGGCCCCAAUUUCAUAAAGCUGCUUAAGAAGAAAAUAUUGCCUGACAAUAUUUUGCUUAGCAGAAAUGAGCAGGGUACCUGUCACAAACUGUACAUGUGACAUGGUAGUUUGGCUGGUAACCUUCAUCUGACUAUUUAUAUCCCCUCAAUUGGAGUUGAGGUUCCAAUGGUAACGAGUAUUCAGCCUUUGUUUGAAUGACAGUGCAAUCAUAUAAAGCAUUAUCUUGUUGAUAUAUCAUUGCAAUUGCCUCAAGCACAAAGUUUCCCUGACUUUCAGCAUCUUGCUGGUGCAGUAACUUUACCCUUAGCUCAUAGCUCUCAGCCAUCUCGUGCUAGAAACUGAUUAUUCUGAGAGUCUAUUGCAAAAAUCACUGAACGGCAAGUCAAAUAAAAUUGUUUUGUUCGUUGCAUGGCACCUUAUGAUUAACUUGUGGCAACUGUUGACCUAAUUUGAUAUAUUGGCCAUUCUCAACAAUUAGACCAAAUAAUACAAAACAUGUCUGUAGUUUUGCCCUACAAACUAUUAUCAGCCAAUGAAAGGUCUUCCUUUGAUCAUGCGCAAACGUCCCAACUCAAAAAUGUCUGUUUCUUAUGAAAUCAUUUUUGGAAGCUACUAUGUACGGAUAUGAAUAUAACCUGUCCUCCGAUCUCAGCCUCUUUUUACACUAUCAUUCUGUUUUUAUGGCAAACAGCUUAUCUCUGUACUUCCUUUCUCAAAAUGUAAUUCUUCGAGUUCGGCUGUUUUGCUGUGGAAAAGCGUCACUUUUUUUAGCACGCAUUGUCAUGUGUACAAGGUCUCUUGUUUUUUCUACGUGCAUGUCAGUUUUAACCCCAGCUUGGUCCUGCAUGAAUAUUAUUCCUUACUGGUUGGCUUUGCUCGUACUGUACUACAUGUAAUUACUAACUGCCAUUCAUUACUCAUGUAUCAUAUUGUAUAGCUUCUACAUGCUCUAGAGUCAAAAUAUUCACAUGUCAGCCAAUAAUUUAGAUAAUUUAGCAGCCUUGUCCAUUGUUCUUUUCACGAAACCACAAGCCAGGCAUGUAACAGCUUCAUGUGUCAAUGUACAUGUAUAUUCAGUUAAGUUUGCGGUAACACCACAUGUAAUCUACUUUGCUGUGUAGAUUUGUUCUUGAGAACUUGUCUUUCUAUUUAUUCUAAAUGCUGUAGAGAAGAAUUUCAGAGUUCAGGCAUGUCAGGGGACUACUUAGUUCUGAAAAAGAACUGUCCUGCUUAUUAAGUACUACCAGAUGAGGUAGGAGGUAGUGAAUUGGCCGAAUUACUACUUUCGCUUUUAUAGUGGAUUGAGGGUAAUUCACGUUAUUAACCUCAUGCCGUGGAGUGAAUUUUUAAUUCGUCUCAGCCUGCUCUAGUCAUCAUCAGGAGACUGUCUGAAUAUACAAUGAUACCUCACCCUGCAAUGCCUCAAAACUCAUAUCGUGUGGGGUCGAUAAAGUUUUGCACCAUCAUGGAAGAAGCUCAGUGAACUCCAUGUGCACACAUCCCUCUCUGGAGUGGCAUGGAUCUGUGACCUGCAGCCGAUUUCACGAAACCCUGGGAUUAAUCCUAUCUCGAGUUAGGACGAGUAACUAGUCCUAACUUA